CUCAUCAGCUUGGCCUCCUCUGAGACAUCUCAAGCCAAGCCGACCUCUCUCUCUCUCUCUCUCUCUCUGAGAGGAGGGUGGUGGACAAGAGGAGGAGAGGGAUCACAUCAUACCUCUCUCUCUCUCUCUUUCUCUCCCUCUCUCUUUGUCACUACCUUCCAUUUCCUGCUCUCUUUCAGCAACUCGACUGCAUCUCAGUAUUAUACAGCCUUGGUAGAGUGAUUCAUAUUCUAUAUCCUGUCGAUCGAGUUCCAAACUUUGUGCACGAAGAUGUCGGUGGCUGUGCUGCAAUCACCCUUCCACCUGGAGAAGUACGGCUGGCCUGCGCCAGAAGAGACGAAAGAUGACCCUGUGAUGGCCGUGGAAGACGACCACAACCGGCCGGGGCAAUUCGACAUCUGGAGUGCCAUCCAAGCGCAGAAGGGCGCUAUUCCGGUGGCCGCCGAUCCGCCGGCUCCUUAUGUUCAUCCUCUGAUGAGUCGGUCCUCGAGCUCGCUAAGCCAGAUGAGCCUCCAGAUGUGCACGGAGAGCCUCGGCUCGGAGAGUGGCUCCGACGACUUCUCCUCGGUUCCCGACGGCCUUGACUUCGAUUACUCGCCCAAGAACGAGACAAAGACGGAAGAAGAAGACCACGACGUGCAUGAGAAGGUGGCAGUAGUUGAAGAACGAGGAGGACUGUGGUCUAGAACUGAAACAGAGGAGCGCCAAGUGCCGCAACGCAAAGCGGAUGAGCUCGUAUCGGUGAACUACAAUUGCUCCAUCAGCAGGAGGUCGCCGUCGCGUUCGUUCCCUCCGCCACUGCCAUCUCUCUCCCGCCGCGACGGGCCCUGCCUCCACAUGAGGCCCCAUCGCCGCGAUGGCCGCCUCGUCGUCCAGGCUGUACUCGUACCUUCCCGGAACUACCUCCACGCUCAGCGCGAGGGCGGUCGCCUCCUCCUCUCCUUCGUCGACGCCACCUUCGACGAUGACUCCUCCGAAACCGUCGAAAUCGAACAGCCACAUGAGCACCACCAAGUUAUCGAUGAAAUCGAAGAGAACAAAGCAGAGGAAGUGAAACUGAAGAACUGCUACGAGGCAGACGACGACGAAGAGGAGGAAGAAGAGGAAGUUGAAGUAGUCGACAGGGGAACCGUCAUCGAGGUGAAAGUGAGCACACAACCCCAGCAACCGAACGGCAGCGCCAUGAAGAUCCUCCGGUCUUCUCUCGUCAUCAACAAGUUCGUCGGCGGCACGCCGCGGAGCAGCAACGCCAAGUGCGAGCAGAGCAAUCUCAACAGCAUCAGCCGGUGGCAAGCUAUCACACCAGCGACAGUGGCACGACGACCACCACCGACACCCGCCACCGCAGCAGCUGCAGUGGUGGUAGCCUCUACCCUCAGCGCCUCCACUGAAGCUUACAACGACGAGGGAGCGCGGCCUUCGCUCGGCGACGACGAACACCACCUGCCACUCGACAACAAGCUGCUCUUCACCUCCAAGCGGCGCAACCGCGAGGAGCUGCUUCACAGCAUGAAGCGGUGCAGUCAGCUGCGCAAGCCAUUGUUCAUCUGGGAGCCCUGUUGCAUUGCCACUUCCUCCUGAGCCACAGAAUCCAUUCUACCCUCUUAUCUAUCUAUCAACUAAUCUACCGAUCUAUGCAUCUAUCUAUCUAUCUAUCUAUCUAUCUAUCUAUCUAUCCACCCACUUAUUGAAAUUGAUAUGACUACCAUUGACAUAGUAAUGAUCAUCCGAUUAAUAAGUUGGAGUGUGUCGAGGGCAUUUCACUGUUUGGUUUCAUUCAGACAGUCUGCUGCCACUCUUUAACUACCGAAGUCUCUCUUUGUUUUUCCACUCCGUGGUUAUAUGUUGACACCAUGAUUUAAUGGACGACUUGAUAUGAUGAUUGUGAUUA